AGAUAGAUAGAUAGAUAGAAUAAACGAUCAACUAGAGUAAAAUCAAGUUUGGGAUAGAAGCUGAACUAAAAGCUAUGACUAUACUCUAACUUUAUAUAUGUAUUGAAUAUACACUGUACAAUGUGAGCAAUACUACAAUGUGUUAUUACCAUAGAGACAGAAAUUUUGUUUUCUUGGCAAAUGCCAUCCUCUGCCUUUUUAACUAUUUUCUCUGUCCUCUCAUUGAUGACUUUCAUUUCAAAACUUGUCUGUGUGUGAAGAUUUUCUUAACGGCUGUUCUCGUUCCCGUGUCCUUCGGCCUGGGCGUGAUCUUUUUAAGAUAUUUAGUAAAAUACUGGAUUUCCACUGUGUGAAGAACAUCCUCCAGUCCUCUUCCAUGUCAAGAUAAUGUUUUAAAACACAAAAUGGCAACAUGCCCACAUUACUGUAACCCAAUGUCCUAAUGAAAAACAAAUUCACUAGUUCAACAGCAACACAGACAAAACAGAAAACAAACAGGAAAAAAUUAAAUUAUUUUUGUAAAAGCUGCAAGAAGAAUAAUAAAAUGACUUAUUUUCAAGAGGUUUUAAUUAUUGAGAUUUGACUGCAAAUAUCCAGUCACUAUUAUUAAGAAACAAUCCAUUGCAUAAAUUAUGUCAUGUUACAUCAAAUACAUUGCUAGUACAGAAGCAGACAGUAUAUAAUGUAGUUAUGUUUCAUGUUGACAGGAAUUUUAUUCAUGCAGUUUCAACACUUACUGCCUGCUGUUUAGUGAUUACUGUGCAGAGAACAUAAGUAAAUCAACAGAGCAGGAGGGUGAUUGCUCAAUAGGACAAAACACCACAAACGACCCCUUGUAAGUGUUCAGGUGGGUGGUUAGAUACUGUAUAUACACUUCCUGUAUAGAAACACAUUCAAGAAGAACUGUUGAUUAGGGGAAGAGGUGUGAGCAAACAGAAGUCUUUGUAUCUCUAUGACUCUGAAUAGAACUGCUCAUUCCUCACAUUGCAAAAUGAAACAUAAAACAAGGGAACAUGCGUAUUUAAUCUUCCUUUAUUUCAUACUGGAUGCUGAAAUCUGCAAACAGCUGUAGUUGAUAGUGAAUUGUGUGUUUCACUUGUUACUUACCAUGUUACUGUAUGUUGCUGUGCUAGGCCUAAAUAUAAUCUUUAAUCUAACACAUUUUGUUGGCUUUGUUUUGAAGCAUCCUCUUUUGUAAACCAAACUGUCACAUGUCCUGUUUAUAGUGAUUGUUGAGUGAUGUCACUCCCUAAUACGUUUGGAUAAUUAUUGAGAAAUUGACUCAAGCUUUGAUUAAUGAUGGCUGACGUGACAGAUGAAAUUGCUAUGUAAUAGACUUUUACUGUUACUGGUGCCAGAUAAUUUUAAUUUCAUUUAAUUUACCCCCCCGCCCCCCAGCCACAAACUGUGCGUACACAUCGGAUGAAUGUGACAAAAUGCGGAAAUGACCAUAAAGCAUUGUUAUUACACCAAAUAAGGAAAUAUGUCAUGUUUAACUCAGUUGCCAGUUUGGAAAUGAAUGGUCAUUUUGGAGGAUGUAGUUUGUGGUGCUGUUGAAUUGUACUGCAUUAUACUCACUAUUAUUUUGUUCACCCCAUUUAUAUCAGCAUAGGCUAAAUAACAGAAACACCUCUUUGUACAGAUCCAAAUAUUAGGGGUAGUGCUGCAUAUAAAGUAAUGUCAACACCAGAUACAAAGCAUAUGAAAAUCCAUUGUAUUUAACCACGUUUUACGGCUGGGGUCUCUGAGACCCUGAGCAGAAAUAUUGCGUAAUUUUCUGUAGCAGACUUCUGAAAGAUGUCAUCAGUUCAAAAGUCAUGAAGAAGUAUAAAGGUGAUAAAACAUUGUUGUUAAAGAGGGUCUCUCAUUUAUUUGUCUUUUUAUCUGGAACAAAACAUGCAGUUAAAAUGAAAUAAUGUUUCUUUUAGGACCAGAGUACAAACUAACAAAAUGUCAGACAAAAUAUAAAAAAAGCAUCCAAACAGAAGGAGCCACACAUCUGGAAGUCUCUUUUAACCGUACUGUGUAUCCAUCGUGUAUGAGAGUGAUCCAGUGCUGAGGCCACAAAACAACCAAACACCCACAGUAGUGAGGGGGAACAAAUCUCAGGAAAGCAUCUAAAAUUAGAUAUAAAUGCAAAUUAUAUUUAUAAAAGAAUACAGGUCAUUUUUAUGUCAAAAAAACUUUCCAAAUAUAUUUACAUACUGUACUUAAUACAAUUUUAAGGCUCUUCAUAUUUCUACUUAACUACAUUUCAGAGGGAAAUACAUUCAGUACAUAGCUCCACGUAGCUCCACCUCGGCAAUAAUCCAGUACUAUAAUGUAUCAUAAUGUACUGUAACACUGACAGGGGGCAUUCUGCUUGCAUAAUGAAUACUUUUACCUUACUUUAAGUACAUUUUCUAAUUUGAAUACAUCAUACUUUUGUACUUUUCCUUUGAAAUUUUGAAUAUGUGACUUUUACUUGUAAUGCAGUAUUUUUACACUGUUGUAUUGUGACUUUAACUUAAGUAAACUAUCUGAAUACUUCUUUCACCACUGACAACUUUAUGCAUUAGUAAACUCCAACCUUUUUCAUAUGAUUAUUAUCAUGAUAUGAAAGCUGAUUUUAUCAUAACUGAUUAUCUAAGGAGAUAAACAUGAGCAUUAAACCUUGCUAAGGAUAAAAUAUGGACAUUUAAGGUUCAAGUUGAAAUGAAAAAAAAAAUCCUCCUGUUAGUCACUGUUCAACUGUGUUUCUCUUCAUCAGAGGCAGCGAGGGAUCAUAUAGUUAGGGUCCUUGGAAGACACAGCAGUAAGGAACUCUUGCUUCAGUGGGGAAAAGUUCAGGGAUAAAAGGGAUCACUCAGGAGAUUACUCCCAUGUACACAACAUGGAUGCCUAGAACACAAAAAAAAGAGCAUUAUGUUGCUCAGCUUUAUUUUAGUGACUGUGUGCAUGUUGGUGUGAGAGUGUGUGCUUCUCUUACCUUAUCCUCACUAAUUGUCUAUUAUAUCACCAAAUGAAGAGUUAAGCUCAGUUUGUUUUCUUUGUACAUGUCCCUCUGCUGCCAUAGGAUUCUCCUUUUAGCUGUGUAAAUGAAACAUCUUUUUUUUUUUUCAUGCCUCCACUCAGGGCAGUGUUUUUCAAUCAGAUUAGUACAGCACAUUCUGUUCUGUUUCACUUCCUGAUGACUGUGCAGCCUGUAUCCCUGAAUGAACUCACCCGCGUGCUUCUGGUUACACUAAGACACUCAUUCAGACUCACGUAUUCUCGCAACUGCCUAUCAGAUUUGAAUACUUCAUACAAUGUUUAGUAAACAUGCUUGCCAACUAUCAAGAAGACCUACUGUUUAUUGGGUUUUUUUUUAAACAAAGAAUAUAAGACUUUUCUGUGAAUAUAGAGCAGUAAGAGGCUCUAAAGCUCAAAAUAUGAGCGACAAAUCUAUAUAAAUAUGUUUAUUACAUUUAUAUUAAACAGCUACAAACAGCUUACUUAACCUUAAUCCGUUUAAAAUUCAUGUUUCCUACCAGGUUGCUGCUUUCACCAGAACAGAAACAAGAUGUUUGUGAUUUUUCAGGAAGGAAGACAACAUGUCAGGCCCUCUGUCAAUAUCAAAAUCUAUUCAUGCAUUUCAGUUCGGCUUAGGCCAGUUGAGUUCAUUUUUGACCUCCACUUAAGCAUACAAGAUGGGGGGAAGUGCCAACAAAGCUACCAGGACACCGCAGUUCAGACCAGGGUUGGGAAAACAAACAAAUCUCUGCCUGAGCUGGAGUAAACUGUCUUGAUGAUUUAAAAAAAAAACCAACUGCGUUUUUAUUGUUAACAGCUUCAGGUGGGUGGUGAUGGAUGGUGAGGGCUGGUUGUGUUAUCAGAUCACAAAGCCACAGUCGUUCUGUUUCUGUACUAUUUUUUGUUUUUAAUGUGAAUAAAAUGUUCCAAUACGAGAGUGUGUAAAACCUACAUUCUUCCUAUAACUGAUUGCUCAGAAGAUUAUGCAGCCGGUUGACAACAUCUCUGUGGGUGUGCAGAAGCAGGUUCACUAGUGUUAUGUCACCUUUAUAAUUAACGGGAUCAUCAUGUUCCCUUCAAUAGCUGCCUGGCUGUCUGCCAGCAGUGUGGUCAGACAUUGUCCUCGCCACCUCUGACUCUGGGAUUCAUCCACCAGAAACCUGCCAUAAAGUUUUAACUAUCUGAGCACCUCAGUUCAAGCAAUAAGGAAUAGAGUUUCAACUCUUUCAAGUGAACAAAUCUUAUUGUCAAAGAAAUACUCACACCAGGAAUUGAUGCCAUAUUUUAAAGUUUUUAAACAUUUUAAUGCAAACAUCCUGUAUGAACAUAAUAAUAUUCCAGUGCCCUCAGACCACAGAAGCAUAAAAGCAAAGCCAUAAAGAUAUUUUACGGAUUUCAGCUGGUCUUGCAAGCCCCUCGCCCAUGUAUAUUUCCUGCUUCAGUUAAAGCCAGAGUUCAUCAAAGAAAUUCUGAACAUGAUUUUUCAUUUUAAAACAUCUCAACUCUGUAUCCAACCAUUAACAAAAUGGUCUUUAUUUAAACACAAAAGCAGAUAAAUAAGAAGAUUAAAUUCACAGUUUUAUCAUGAUACUGUAUAUUGUAUAUUCAUAAUGACAGGACUUGUUGAAAACAAGAUUUCAUUCAUAUGCAGCUGGUGAUUCUGGGUUGUUGGUCCACAGGGGAAAGUUACAUGUCCUCUUACUGGCUGUCCAUAGGCUGUAUUUAAAUACAAAGAAAAGUUCUGGGAAUCAGAGCUAAUUUAUUGGAUUCACUAAUAACUAACCUAUGGUCACAUUUACCGAUAACAACUAACCCCACCGUUGGUCUGUGAGCAAUUUGAAAUACCAACCUUUCCACAGCAUUUGGUUAAAAAACAAUACAAAAAUCCUAUGCAAGUUUGUCCAAACUGCUGAGACACUAACUCCCACAGCUCCAAACUACUCUGUUUCGUUCCACACUCUCUCAUGUCUUUCUCUAUCCCUCCUUUGUCUUUUUGAAUUCUUUACUCUAUGUGUUAACUGACAUACUGGCAUGCUGUAUACAUGCCAGUGUAGUUAACAGAUAAAUAAACAGAUAAACCGAUGCAAUGAAAAGCCUGUGAAGGUAAAAACAACCCUCAGAGAUUAGUAGGUGAUUUUAAAAUAUGCCCCAGACCUGCUGUGUGAAUCUAAACCUUGCAGAAGUACAAUAUUUUUUAAUAAUAUUUAAGAUAUUUUAUGAUGAGAGGAAUUGUCUUUUCAGGAAGCUGUGAAUACAGGUUAAAGACAAACUCAUACGACUGGCCACGUGGGAGAACACGUUAAUUAGGAAGUAAUUAAGCAUUUACUCAGGUGCUGUAUUUAAGUAUGGUUUUGAGAUUAUGGUUCUUGAGUAUUUCCAUUACAUUUCAGAUAAAAUUAUUGUAUGCUAUACUACGUUGUUAUGUUUCUAUGAUAGCUGUAGUCUUUUCUUUGCAGAUGCAUAUUUGACUUUCAAAACAAGAGCUCAUAAAAUAUGAUGCAUUAUACUUCCUUACAUUACAUGAUAUAAUUACAACACCUGAUAACUACUAACAUCAUUUGAUACUUUGACAGCGAUCACUAUCCUAACUAUCCUUCACAGUGAGUACUGUUAUUUUGGAUAUUUACUUGUAUUUUAAUGCUAGGUCUAAUAAUUCUACAUAAUACUCAUUUUAUGGGCCACAUAGGAAACCUAAUUAGGCUAUAGUAACAAAGUUAGGUUAGGUUACUACAUGUCAGAGGAAAUUAUUGUAUGUUUCACAGCAAAAUAGCUGUACUAUUUUCUUUGCAGAAUAAGACUUGACUUGCAAAACAAGAGCUCAUAAAAGAUGAUGCAUUAUACUACGUCUUACCAUUACAAGAUAUAAUUACACGUAACAACACCUGGACCAGGUUUAUUAUUUUACCUUAUCAUUUUACAUUUUGACAGUGAGCACUUUUACUUUCGGUAUUUACCUGUACUUACAUACUGGUGAGACAGAAAACCUAUUUAGGCUACAGUAACAGGUUAGGUAGGGAGUAAUCAAAGAUGGCAUUAGUGUAUGGUUUACUGCAAAGUAGCUGCAUUACUGUCUCUCCGGAUUAAGAUUUGACAUGCAAAACAAGACCUCAUAAAAUAUUUCUUUUCAAGACGUAAUUACACUUAACUGCACCUGGUUACUGGUUAUUACUUUCACUUUGACAGGGACUAUACUUCACAGUAAAUACUUUCAACUUGUACUUGAAUAUACCUUAAUAGUGGUAAGAUUGAAACCCUUAUUACGCUAUAGUAACAUGUCAGGUAGGUACACUUAAGAUGAAAUUAUUAUAUGUUUUACUGCAAAACAGCCAAACUAUUUUCUUGUAAAACAUGAGCUCAUAAAGCAUUAUACAGUACAAGAAAUAAUUACACAUAACAGCACCUGGACCAGGUUUAUUACUUUAAGUUGUCAUUUAACACUUUGAUAGGGACUUUCCUUACUAUCCUUCACAGUGAGUACUUUUACAUUUAAUACUUAGGCCUACUGGUAUUUUAAUAUUAGGUAUAACAUUUGUUCUCUCAUACUGGUCAUAUGGGAAAACCUGAAGGCUAUACUAACAUGUUAGGUAGAAAGUAGCAGAGUAUAUUUACUCAAGUUACUGCAAAAUUACUUGCAAAACAAGAACUCAUAAAAUAUGUUUCAUUAAACUUUCUCAAAGAAUGCCCAAGUAAUAUAAUAAUAAUUCAUAACAGCACCUGAACCAGGUUUAUCAUUUCACACUGACAGGGACUGCCCAGCAAACAACUUCCUGAAACGUUCCCAUUUGUUUAUAUUUUUGCAACCUUUAAAGGAACGUUCCCGUUCUAUUAUGGUAUUAUGGUUCUAGGAACCCCAGAAGAUGGCAGUAUGGCAAUUUGAUUUGCAGUUAUUGUUGAGUUACUGUGAGUCCAUGUGUGUAAAAAAACAGUACAAUGUGAAAUCUCAGAAAGCUUCUCGAGCGAAUGCCAUUCUCACAAUCUCGCGAGUGGAGCGAGCUGUCAACGGCUGUCAAAGAGGUUCGGUAACGUCAAUGCUUACGUUACUGCUUGCGGUCCAGUAUGGCAGUUGAUAUGGUGGAAUUAAAUCAAUAGGUAGUCCUAAUUAUUUAAAAGUUGUACUUUCAUAACAAACUUUCCUUUAAAAAUGUUUCACAUUAUCAACUUUAUACUUUAAGUUGCAUCUUUGCAAAACGUUUUCUUCCAUAGUUGAGCUAGCUAGCGUUUGUUAUGAUUAGCUAGGUUAAUUGUAAAAUUGUAAAAUAGUGUUUAAAACAUGAAAUUUAUGAUAUGUGUCUGAUAUCCUAAACAAUAAAGCUGAUAUCAUGUCUUGGGUUUGGGAACAGUAAGGUUAGCCUAACUCUAAGCAAUAUUCAGGGAAACUUUUUGUUUAUGCUAUCGUUAGCUUUAGGCUACUUUAGGUGAUCUCACAAAAAUUCAUGGUAGAAAGUAAUUCUAAUAGUUAAAAUUGAAGUUUUGAUUAGAGAUGGUGUGGAAAUGCUAUUCUUGCCUAAAGAAAAGAAAAAUGAACAAUUGAAACUUUCUUUCAUUGUGAUGGAUGAAAUGAACAUAAAUUUUCAGCCACCCUGCACUGAAUGUCUACUAUUUGGAGCCAUUGCUUGCUCUGCACAGAGUGUGUAGUAACCUCCAGCCUUUGACAAAGAGGUACCUGAUAUGAGACAGAAGAGGAUCAAGGAGAUUACAAACCAGGUUGGGAGAACAUUCCCAUACUUCAGUGUUUACUUAUACUUCAAUACUGGUAAGAUGGCAAACCCAGUUAGGCUACAGUAACAGUUUAAGUUGGAAGUAACCAAAUAUAUUUACUCAAGUUACAGUUUUGACAUACUUCUGCAAAACACUGUACUUUGCAGAUUAAGAUUUGACUUGCAAAACAAGAGCUCAUAAAACAUUAUGUAUUAUAGGCCUCCUUCUCAAAAUGAAAAGAAAUAAUUGCACAUAACAGCACUUGGACCAGGACCUUCUUGUGUUACUGUGUGAUGCCCACACGCAGAAAUGACCACUGAUCAGGAUCUGCCUAUGGAUGGCCAGUCUGCCACAGCCGUGUUUGCUGGAAAGGGUAUUGAUGUAACACCUGAUAAAGACCAUGGCGUUAUCAAGGUUGUAAUGCGGCAGGGGCUGGAUGGAGACCGGCCAAUGAUUGGGGACAGAGUGACUGUCCACUACACUGGGAAGCUGCUCACCGGGAAGAAGUUUGAUUGCAGUCGAGAUCGCAAAGAACCUUUCUGCUUCAAUGUAGGCAAGGGACAAGUCCUCAAGGCUUGGGAUAUUGGUGUGUUGUCCAUGCAGAGGGGUGAGGUGUGCACGUUUCUGUGUAAGCCAGAGUAUGCUUAUGGAGCUGCUGGAAAUCCUGACAAAAUUCCUCCCAGCUCUUCAGUAGUGUUUGAGAUGGAGCUACUCAAGUUUGAAGGAGAGAUGCUUACAGAGGAUGGUGGCAUCAUAAGAAGAAUAAAGGUCAAAGGGGACGGUUACAAUAAUCCCAAUGAUGGAGCAAGUGUUGAUGUGCACCUGGAGGGAAGUUGUGGUGGUCGACUGUUUGACUGCAGGGAUGUCAGCUUUAUUGUUGGUGAGGCUGAAGAUAAAGGUGUUCCUCACGGAGUGGACCAAGCCAUGGACAAGAUGCAGAAAGGAGAAUGCUGUGUACUUUACUUAAAACCAAAGUAUGGCUUUGGAAGCGAAGGUAAACCAGAGUACAAAAUUGGACCAGACAAAGACAUCAUAUAUGAAGUUACCCUCAAAGACUUUCAAAGGGCUAAAGAAUCCUGGGAAAUGGAUUUGAAAGAAAAACUGGAUUUGGCUCCUGGAGUUAAGCAUAAAGGAAAUCAGUAUUUUAAGACAGGGCGGUACUACCCGGCAGUCACCCAGUACCAGCGCAUCGUUGUCUGGCUAGAAAUGGAGUGUGGUAGUGGGGUGGAGCAGCAGAAGAGGAUACAAGACUUUAUUUUGACAUCACACCUCAAUUUAGCGUUGUGUUUCCUGCGGAUAAAAGAGUUCUCACAAGUAGUAGAGAACUGUAACAAGGCGAUUGAGAUCGACGAGAGCAAUGAGAAGGCUUUGUAUCGUCGCGGGGUGGCCCGUCUCCUUCGUAACGAGUUCAGCCUGGCCAUGGCAGACUUUCAGCAAGUGCUACAAGUCAACCCUUCAAAUCGAGCAGCUCGUGCUCAGAUUUCCACCUGUCAGAGAAAGAUUAAGGAACAUCAUGAACAGGACAAGAGGACCUACGCCAACAUGUUCCAGAAAUUUGCAGAACGGGAUGCCACGACUGGGAAGACGAAGAAGAGGCGGGAUGAGAGUGCGAGCAGCGGCAUGAAUGGUGAAGUGGGCAUUAAACGACAGCGGAGGAGUCGUGACUGUCCAUUGUAACAGCGACAUUUGAAAGGAAGAAAAAGAAAGACAUGCCUCCCUUUUCUUUCCAAGUCCAGGGAGCAGAGGCAGGAACAAAGUCAUAUAAAGGCCUCUAAUCCAAACAUCUUUAUCCCAGAAUCCAACGUUACCAUUCCUGCAUAUAAAGUGGCGUGUAAGCAGGAAUGUUUGCAAGCCAAACAGCAUUUCCCCUGUCACAUGGACUGUGGAACUGCCAGGAUGUACCUCCCUGUGGAAUUAGUACUGCAGAAUCAGUGAGUUAAGAUUUGUGAACACUUCUAGCCCCCACCUUUUUAUUUAGAAAAAAUAUAGUAUAUUUCUUCAGAAACACAGAGGAAUUCCAUUUUAUUUGUCAUUAGGCUAUUGUGUAAAGUUGAGAUGUGCCUCCAAAGUGUGUUUCCAAUUCCCAAACUGUACUUGUUGGUUUUCAGACCUCUGACUUGUAUUUAGUAUUAAGCCUUUUUCUUGGGCAGCUGCAUGUAUAUAUCAUGAGGUGUUUGGGAUCCAGACUUGAAACUUUGCUAUUUUUCAAUGUGCAAUAUGUACUUUGGAUAAAAGGUAUAACAACAAGUCCUGUUAGCUAAGUGCUUAUUUUAAACAAAAACACGAUCAGUUCAACUUUUCUGUGCAAAAGUAAGAAAAGCAAAUUUCCCAUAACUUAGCCUGAAUUCCUAAAACAUAAAUAUAGUGUACGAAAGCCUGCAUUCAAUUAAUGUUGGGGGAAAACUGAAAAUACAGAAAUACUAAACUACUACAAAUCCAGCAUUCACAAAAAAACCCAAACAAUUCUCCUCCAAACAUGAACCUUCAAUUUGUCAUAAAUCACCUCAAGUUUCCAAUCAGCAGACAGCAAAGGCAGAGAGUAGAAUCUGAAAAAAGCACAAACUACAUAAAAUAAAUUAUACCAAAACACAAGUCUGUAAUUCUGGCGUUCUGGCAAAUUCCAAAUUUACUGUAUUAGGUUAUUGCUAGUAACAGCUGAAUUAAUAUGAGAUUCAUUUGUGACGUUAAACUACUACCUACAAAGCCAAAUCAGUACAUGUUUUUUAAAGACUAUAACAGAAACAAAACUGUGGUGUAGAGAGAUUAUUUCCAGAAACACAAUUCAGAUUUAGUCCCUUGUUAUGGGCAAAGAUGAGGCAUUGUUUUACUAAGAUGGAAAAGACCAUAGGCGUGCACUAAAAUAAUUUAUCCAUGAAUACAUGCAUGAUAGGUUAUUAUUAAUUUAAUAAACUUGUGUUUUAUUCAUUGAACACAUCAUGCAGGACAAACAAUGCUUUUUAUGAGAAGCCAGUCUGACAUUGUAGUUGAUCAAGUAAAACAACUGAUGAGAGGUGUCUAUGGGAGAACAUAAUUUUUGUGGAUUGAUUACAGUUUAAUCUGGUGGCAGCUGCAAAAUCUUAAAUAAAAUGAAAAUACAAAAGUUAAAAUAUAUUUAACAUUAAAUGUUUCUGCAUCUGAGCUCCGGUCCAUUUUAGUGACUGUUGACUCAAAGUUUCUUCUUCUGUUCUAUCAGCUAAUUGCAUAAUCAGCAUGGCACAAUCUUCAACGCACAUAAAAUCUUCAUUCAACAGGUGAAUACAUGCAGCGCUUCUUCAAAAUCCUCAUAAUUAUGAUUUAAACUUCCCACAAAAGGAGGCAUUUGAUCAUAAAACACCCCAUUCCCAUCUUUGUAUUUGACAGAGCAGAUAUACACUAGUUUUUGACUCUGUGAGUGCAAGUGGGAGAAGGUCACACAAACCACAAUUAAGCUUUAAAAUCGUCAGAACCACAGUUUUCAUUUAGUCUUUCAGCUCUGGUGAUGUGACCAACUACAUACUUUUACAUCUGUGUAGUUCUUAUUGCCUCAGUCCUGGAACAGGUGUCUCUUUAUUUCACUGCAUAUAUAUAUAUAUAUAUAUAUAUAUAUAUAUAUAUAUAUAUAUAUAUAUAAUUUUUUUUAAUGUGUGAAUGUUAGUAGAUAGUGGACAAUGAUGCACUUUGGUGACUGUCAAACCAACACUGCUGGAUAAAAUGUUUUUAAAACAUUGCUUGGUUCAGAAUGAAAACCUUACCUGUCUUAAAUAUUUUGUGUAAAAAAAAUCAACAGCCUGUAUGUGUGUGUGUGUUAAUAUAUAUUGUUGUACGUUAGCGAGGUUUUUAAGCAGCUUAUUGCUAAAUGUUUUCAAGUACUGCUCGCUCUAAACAUUCAAACAUUUUGUACAGUGGGCAGGAAGUAUUUUUUCUAGCAGUUACAAAUUUUAUUUAAGGAUAUAGAGAAUAUUUAUCCACCAUUGUCAAGUACAAAAAGAUUUCCAGGCCUCUUAGUGCUACAUUCAUCGUCGAUAACUUGAAAAUGCAAAUUACAGGAACAAUUUGGACAUUUUUGACAUAACCAAGCAGCAUAAAACGCAGUUGGUUAAACACAGCCAACUUGAGAUUGGUUUUCUUAGAAACUGUUAUGUCAUACAAAAUGUUUACAUGUAUUCAAAAGAUCUUUGCCUUGUAAAGCAAAAUGUUAUCAAUGUUUUAAACCGGCAUUUAUGCAAAAGAAAUAUUUUCAGACAAAAAAACUACGUAAGGUACCUCUGUUCAUGUCUUCUUUAUAUAUAUAUUUUUUUAUUUUUUUGCACUUUAAAAGCAUUAAAUAAAUCCAAGAGUUGCACAUAAA